AUGUCCACCCACGCUGUUAUCGACCACACUGCCUUCCCCUACAUCCUCGACCUCAUCUUCAGUCAGGCCGACUACGCCUCACUCCUUAAAUGGCGCCUCACAUCUCGCGGGUUCCGCGCUCGAGCCGAUCGCCUUCUCUUCAGCCACGUCAUCCUCACCCGUGACUUGUACCGCGGUGUAUCUCUUGGGCCAGGCUCAACGUCCACGUCCCCGCCUAUUCUCAGAGACAAACUCCUCCCGUUCACCCCGGCUGCCGUCCAGAUAUUCGACUUGGACCACAGGCACUACCACGGCGAUUACAAGCUGGCGGACUUCAACCUCGGCCAGCUUACUUCUGCCCACACCCUUCGUCGCACCGGCAGGUUCGUGGCUCAACUCGGUACCCAUCAGAUUCCCAAUGUCACCACCACCGUGGACUUCUUCGACCCUUACGAUGUUCCCAACCGAUACCGCCGACGCCCUCAUCUGAAGACCAACAUCUGGCUCCCUCAUCGUAUCAAACGGUAUUGUCUGCACGUCGAUUGGAUGGGGUUCAAGGGUAGCAAAAACGUCCGCGAAUGGGUUCUCGUACUUCACUCCUUGGUCUCCGAUGAUGAGAUCGAACUCGGCCCGUCGAAUCACCACGACCCUUACCCCCCGUUCAUCGGCAACAUCCUCACUUACAUGAUGAAGGUCCUCGACCGCAAGGGUUCAAUCACGAUUGUCGGCGCAGAGCACGUCACCCCUGUGCAAUUCGGAGGGGUCGAGGACGACAUGAGCCGUUCAUCGACCGACCUACUCCGUGCCACGAUGAUCAAACUCAUCCACAAAUCGUUCCCUCCAGGCCCCAAGCGCGUUCACGCCGAGACGAACACCACCUUCCUCACUUUUACCGACUGGUUCGACUCCCUCGGGGACAAGCUCGACGUUGAGGCCUACUUCUUCGAUUACGGAUAUCAUGAGUUGUGCGCAGUCUGCGGCGCGACUGUCCAGUCGGACCCCUCUCGUCGUUGCCGCCACUGCAGAUACUGUUGCAAUUGUCCCCCGGACUCUCCUCUGUGGUUCCUGAGCGAUUGAACAGGGAGAGGAUAUCGGCCCGCUCAAGUAUGUUCGAUGGUAACAGACGUCACACCAAGCCACUAAGAACAAUGCAUGUUGGUUGUUUGUAAACAUGACGACGGGCUCUACCUUUAAGGUUUGAAACGAGCCGAGUCACGAGAUCCAGUCUCCGCCCGAGGCAUGACAGCCCGAACUAAGCCUAAAUGUGAAUGUGACAG